CGCUGGGAAGUCCUGCACUGUGAUAUGCCUUAUGGAAGAUUGGUUAUUGUGUGUCUUUUUACGGUUCUUGAACAUUGGCGUUUUAUAGCGUGUUCGCCCGUUAAUCGCAACCUCAGCAACUCGGAGCAAAGUCACCAAACUGGCGUAGAUUUGAGGAGUUUGCAUUUUCCAAGAGAAUAUCAUGCUACAGGUGUCUUGUCUCUUCCUACAAAUAAUAUCAACGAACCGUUUGAAGUCUGGCAUAGUCAAACUUACGACAAGAGUAGAAUAGAUUACUAUCAUGGUAAGCCGGAAAAUACGAUUUUUUUUUCUAACAGAGAGAAAAAAUUUUAAAGAAACUUCAGGGUAUGUCUGUUUUUGGAGUAUUUUUAGAUCAUUUGACGGAUUAUUUGUUGCGAUUUAGACACGGUACCCGCAUCAUAUUACAAAAAUAUCAAAGUUUGUUUGUUGUUGUUAAGUACCCGUAGGAAAAAUACUACUUGGAUUAAAUUAAGAGAUGAAUCCAGCGUAGAUUGACUUAGGAUCACCCAGUGAUAAAAUUUCAAAAAAUGAAAAAACACAUUAGAAGCUUUAGUACUUAAGUCUAGGCAAUUUUUGGAUUAGAAAAUUGUCGAAAAGCAGAAUGUCAUUUUUCUGAAAUAGUGCUCCAUCACUGUGCCUGAUAGACUGUUGACAUUUAUUAAUUUUCUGGUCUUUUUAAUCUGAAUAAUGUAAUACCAUGGUCACGUGUCAUCCUUCCAAACUUUGAACAUGUCUUUUUAAUCACUUACUGGUGUUAGGUGAGGUACAAACCUUUCAAAGAGGGGAUCUAGGAAGACAUGGCAUGUUCUUUAAAAUAGUUCCCAAAUACUCUUACAAGAAGCACAAGAAUCAUCGCCAUUACAAAGGCUGUUGGAAGAGGUAUGGAAGCAAGUCUCGAAAGGCUAAGGCCCAGUCCAUUCUGCCGUGCAACUCAGCUUGGCCGUUUAAGUCGAAGUUGGAAGACUUCAAGGUAAAUGUUUUGCAGUUUAAGGUUACAGUUUCUACAGUUUGUUCGCCUUAACCAUAUUGCGCUUAGAUAUGUUGGUCGGUUGGCAACAAAAGUGAAGAAAGCGUUCUUAAUAUAACUGAGGGACGUAGCCUUAAGCUAAUGAGCGAUAAAAAUAGAUAUUGCUCGAAUUAGCAUUAUAAUUGAAUGUGAGGUUCGACGCUUGACGGCCGGAGCUAAGUUUUUUUUAGCUUCUACGACAACCUGAAUAUGAAAAACAUACAAUGAUAAAAAAUACUAUAUAACUGGAAUUGCAACUAUGAGUUUUUUUAUUUUGCAUUUGACAGUGUAAAAAAAAAGGAAUUCCAAAACGAAUCGUUCAAUUUUGACCCGUUUGAAACUGUUCCGGACUAAUUUAAAGUCGCUUUUAGGUCACUGGUGAUCUGCACAUAGCUAAUACAUCUUAGAGUGACAUCGUAAAAGUCAAAGCCAACAUUUCAAAUUACUUGCCUCAUACAGCAGUAUACGCUCUUGCUUUGAAACACUGAGGAAAGUCCAGUUCCUGCAAAACGUACAGUUUAGACUCACAUCAAACACCUUUACUCGGCCUUAUUUACUAAAAUAUCUUGCCUCUCUUCUUCUUUACCUAAUUUUCCAGUAUGUAGGAGAUGCUACCAUCGAUGGCCAACUUUGCACUAAAUGGGCUUAUAACGUGACAGUGUUUGAACGUAACAAUUCCUACGUAUUUUACGCGACCAAGACAGUUCCACCCAAGCCAGUGUACUUUGAAAUGAACGGCUACGACACUCUGUUAGUUUCCUAUUACGACAAGUAUGUUAUCAAGUAUCACAGCUUUGAGGAAUGGGAUUAUGAUCCUGAUAAUGACCCGGAUGUUUUUGAAGUUCCACAUCGUAAGUAAUGGGAAUGAGGCUAAGUUCCGGCCCAGCUUCCUCUCGGUUAAAAAGAUGGUCACAACAGGCUACUUACACGAUGACGUCAUUUUGUUUCUACGACCAGAAUCCUUCGGGGCUUUGCUUUCUUGUGCAAAUAAGGGAUUUUGUUGUUUAAACCUCACUGGGGGUACAAAAUUUAAAAUAUGAAAGACAACACGAAAAGGAUUCUGGUCUUGAUAGUAAAAUGACACCAUCGAGCAAAUGGCCCAUUCAGUAUAAUAUUAUACAGCGUUUUCACAUGACGUCACAUCCACCAUAUUAGAGAGUUUAAGCAACGAUGACGACGACGGCACCGAGAGCGGCAAAAAGGCAAUAGGUUAGAUUAGCAAAACAACAACUUUGCACGUGCAUUUUUUUUUUUGUAUUUUUUCUUAGCUGUCGUCGCACGACUACAACGUGAAAGUGCCUAAUCUCACGUUUUGUUGAGAACGGAAACACAAGACGACAACUUCCUUUUUCUUUUCCUGAACUUUGAUACAGUCCUUACAGGGGCGGAUCCAGGAUUUUUUUCAGGAAGGGGUGCACUCGUCUCUUGCUCUACUUCAACACCAAUAAACCACAUAGUUUUUUUUUUUUUUGCCCUGCAUUACAAAACCGCAGGUCAUUACACGAGAUGGAAUAAUUCAACGCAAAAAAAGCAUUUGAGGCAGCACGAGAUGGAAUAAAACACUUUUUAAGUGUCCGACUCGUUUUCGUAGCCGUUGCCGUCGUUGUUGCUUAAGCUCUCUGUUGCUCUUCCAAAACUCAAUAAAUCGGCGGCCGUAGUGGUGUUCCAAAGCAGUCCUGUGGGAGCCUUUUUCUUAUGUAAUUAAAUGUUCUUUUGUUCCAAUAAAUUUGCAUAGCGGCUGGCAACGUAAGUGAAACGCUCCAUUGCAUUGGUUUUUAGCUUGUUGUAUUUCAAACUCUCAUGCUUUUUCUACCACUCACUAGCACUCACUUAAAACUUUUCCUCGAUCAACUCCAUUUUGGAUAUGAUAUAUAUACCGAGAACACCUUUAGGAAACUUCGUUAUUGUUCUUGAUUUUCACCUUAAGGUUUUUCUUUUUCAUUGUAAUAUACAUGGCCAACAAAUAAGGCAGACACUUAACGGGUAUAAUGGUAUAAACCAACAGUUUUAGAUGCCGAAUGAAGUCGUGUGGCCUUUAGACAAUCUUCCAACAACCAGUCAAGCGAGAAUAAGCUCUGAGUCUACAGGAAAAAUUGUCAAUGAAGGCCUUUUGUCAAUCAGACAUACUUUUGUGGAUAAUGGCAACUCGUUUGCCUUUAAACACCGACGUUGGUAAACACUCUUAGUUCCACUUCUUUAUUCGUAUCUCAGCUGAUAAUGAAAAACUCGUGACAAACAAAACUUUUGUUGUUUUUCACAGUGCAUCAUGACAAAUGGUGCUGGAACAUAGACAAGCGAUCACGUGACAGCGAUGGAGCUUCCACUUCCUUGAAUCCCAUGGGAGACUUCACUACGAUUCGUCACGAGGAAGACCCUGUAGAUAAGGACUUCCAUAAAUUCCGAAGGAAACACAAAAAAGAAUACACCGAUAAAGUAGAGCACCAGAAAAGAAAACACAUUUUUAGACAUAAUUUAAGGUAUGUGAAAUAGAUAUUAACCAAACAGUGGCCACGUAAGAAGAAUUUUUGACAAGAGCCUAGAUUCUUGGUACUACAUAACAACGACUUGCCAACCACCUGAUAGGGUAAAGAGUGGCUCGUAAUUUUCCCUCAUCGUUUUUCCAUGCUCGAUGCAGCCAUAUGUCUCUGGGAAUUCCAAUUUCCUCGCAGGUUUGUUCUCCACGUAAGUAUCACAAAGGGGAAAAGCUAACUUCUGGUUGCUGAUUCUUUCCUUCAUUCUUGCAAACUUGCUUUUUAGUGGAGGUCACUGCUAGGUUCGCUUAAAGGUUUAGGAAACCCCUGAAGAAAUCCGUAGAAUAGUUUCUCUCGGUAGAGGUCUAGCCCUAAGAAUCGUCGAAUGUCAGAAGGGAAUCCAAGACAGUCGUGGAUUCUGGAUACCAUGCCGUUGAUUUCGGAUUCCAGGAACUGGAUUCCUUAUUCUUUGACGUUGAAACUUGGAUUCCGGAUUCCAGUCGUGAGUUGGAUUCCGGAUUCUCUGAGCUGUUUCCGGAUUCCAGAGCCCAGGAUUCCAGAUUCCACAAGUCAAAAUUUACCGGAUUCUAGAAACGGGAUUGCCUUUAAUGGGAGACUAAGAAGGUAGUUUUUGGCUAACUUGGGCCGAUUAAUUUUUAAUCGACUCACUAUUCUGUGAGCAACAUAAGGAUUAUUUGCCUUUCGUUUCUCCUAUUUCUUAGGUUUAUCCGUUCAACGAACAUUAAAGGAAAUUUGUAUCACCUAACUGUCAAUCACUUUGCCGAUAUGACAGAUUCCGAAUUCCAAAGCCACAAAGGGCUUAUGCCAGGGGAUGGGGGCUAUGGGUCACGUGACUUCGAUGAGGAUGAUGACAAAGAAAAUGAAGAACCAGGAGAUGGAGAUAGUGGUGGUGAUAACAGGAAUGAUGAGAAACGAAACAAAAUAAAGAAAUGCAGAUACGGAAAUGUUCCCGAGGAGCUAGAUUGGAGAAAAUAUGGUAUGGGCAAGAAGAAAGUUCCUCGCGAUCAUUAUACGUUUCUUAGAAACUGCCCACCUACCCCUCCCCUAAGCCAAUAUUUUGCCCUAAGUGAGAAGUAAAUGUUAAUGUUGGCUUAGGGGAGGGGUAGGUGGGCAGUUUCCCAGAAACGUGUAAUGACCCUCGUUGUAUGGGUUUAUGUCCUUAAAAUGUAGAUUUAGCCAUGGCCAAAGCGAAGCUCUUGUGGGAACUUUUAAGAAAAGACUUCUUAAAGUAAGGUUUUCUAACAAGUGAUCACUUGAAUGCCAUAACUGGUCAGCGGAGAACACUUAAAAACACGUAACCUCAUUGGGUUUGCACCUGAACCCGCGAUACAGGCAGGUGACACUGUUCAGCGGAUACCCUAGUUGAUCGUAACAUGGAUGUCCCAUAUCAAGUUAAACAUAAUAAUAAUAAGGCCAUUUCCGCUUUCCUCCGGGCCUCUGCGCCAAAACUAGGGUAAGUGCUCAGCCUUUGAUAUGGAAAUUAUUUUUUAUUCUCAUGCAAAUAAAACUCAUUUUCACAGGAAAGGUUGUGCACUUUACAGCCUCGUUUUUAAAGUGAGGGUUUUUGGAACUAGGAAGUGGCCUAUUUGUAUAUGCCUUGGACUUUAAACAUCCGCUUACAUGAGAAAUAUAGGAUAGAACUGAAAAUAGAGUAAGAGAAGAUUAAAGCAAACUGGUCCCUAUUCUUUGAUUCUACUUUCCGAGUAAAGGAUACUUGCAAUAACAAUGAACAACGAGACAAAAAAGCCUGCUCGUUGCUGUUGCGGGCAUCGAAAUUGGGCAAAACUGAAUAGCUUAGUUGAAAACUGUACUACUUUCUGUACAUUUCUGUACAUACUCAAGAACCGCUCGUGCAAAGAAAAUUUCUGGACUCGCUUAUGAUCAAUUAGUAAAAGCAGUUAGUAAAGGAGGAAAAAUUUCACAAAGGCGUUAGCCACCCAUAUCUGGACCCUCACUUCUUUGUUAUUGGCAUAAAGGCGCAAAACUUCUUGUCCAAUAGAAAACCAUCGUCUCAAUAGAAUCCAAGGAGCACGGAGUUAAGAAAUGAGAGCACAAAGACAUUUAGAGGCAAACAAUGGAGUUUACCAUCAAUCAUCUCAAAAGACUAAAAUUAACCAUCAGUCGUCUAAUGUCUUGUUUUCAUCAACUGCCUGGAAGAAGUUUAUGUGCAAGCAUCCUAUAUCAUUUUUUUUUCCAGUGGCAAUUCGUACGCCACCCUUACACCAACUUGUAUUUGCUAUUCCUACCGGGUUCUUUCAACAGAAGUAAAUUGUGGCCAUUGGUUUCGUUCCGUUUUCGGAAUUAAUGUACUCUAUCGUCUAUAAGUCCCUUGAAGUUUCUUCUCAACAAAUGUUCAUGCAAGUGUAAGUCUCCUCAAGUUUUAAGGGAAAAAAUAGAGAAGCUUGAGUGGGACCCGAACCCAAAACGUAGUGACUGCAGUUGACUGCCUAAACAAACAAACCAGUGAUAAUUCGAUGCUGAUAAAGGGUUUGAUCUGAAGCCGUAUCUGCCCUAACCCUAAAUGGAAACUACCCGUUUCGAGUCAGUUAUUUACCCUAAUCACUAUUCUCAGGGCUUUAUCCUAAUCCCAGUGUGGUCAGUGCUUAACCCUGAUAAGAGCCUAAAAAACUGCACAGGUGAAUAAUUUGGACAGGUGAUCUCUUUUGGUUUUUAAAUGUUGUAGCUGAGUCAAAUAGCCUCUAAUCUAGGUUUCAGAAGAAUCCCGUAUGAACAGCAAAUACGAGUCGGUGCAAGAGUUCCGCGAGAAUACCCGCUUUUUUAAGUGCUCAUUUCCUCUCCCAGGCGCAGUAAUUCCCGCAAAAGGCCAAGCAACAUGUGGAUCAUGUUGGGCAUUUGCUGCAGCUGGAGCAGUAGAAGGAGCAAAUUUUAUUAAGGUAUGUAGCAAUAUUAAAAAUCAGUGCAGGUCGACGAAGUUGUAUAAUUAUCAGGACUCCUAGUUUCACUAGGAAACUUAAUAUUAAAUGCAAAUUUUCUUCAACGAUUCGUUUUAGAGUAUUUUCUUGCACGGUUUCACGGAUAUUGCUAGCAAGGGUAUUUUCGCGUCAUGGCUUCAUUUUACUACACAUAAUAACAAUAAUAAUAAAAAUAGCGAAUAUUUUAAAAGGAUAAAAUUACCAUUAGUGUUAAACACUGUUGUCAGUAGGGUCCUUUAAAAAAUAAACAAGUCAGAUAAAAAACAUAAAAAUAGGAUACGAUAGAAAGCUAUGACUAUAUAGGAUAUUAAAAUGCUAAAAGACUAGCAGAAUCCUUCAGUUUGUUGUUUCCUUGUGCACAUUAGGGCUAUUUUUUGAAACCACAUCGGGAUCCAUAAAUUUGAACAAGAAAGCAAAUACGAAAUGAAUUUUAGUAGUCGUAGACAAAUGUCAUUGUCAAAUUAAAUGUCCUCGCUCUCCAAGUAUUUUACCUUGCGUGGCAGAAAGGAUGAAACUGAAUCCAAAUUUGGUGCACAAAAAGACCUCAUCAUCCUGACAUUUUAAUUUCAGUAAGUUACAUGAUGAGCCAAGUGACUAUUUUUCAAAAAUCUUAAAUUAUAGGCCAUUCCCUAGUUGCCCCAGCCUCUGUCAAAGCGAGGCUAAGUGGUACGCUAUCGAUAUGAAAUUGACUUUUUAGUCUCAUGUAAAUUAAAUAAAAGUCAUUUUCACAAGAAAGAUUUUGCACGUGAAAAGCGAGGGAUUUUGGAACUCGGAAAUGGCCAAUUGACGAAUUGGUAACCGGGUUUAAGAAAUAAAAUUCAAAUUAUAAACACUUCUUGUGAUUAAUAUUAAAUACUUCGCCGAACUCUUUAUUUAAUCAUACAAGUAAAUUCUUCACCAAUUCUCCACUACACUUCAUUUUAAAUUUUUGUUUAAGUGACGUAUUUGCCUGUGUGAUUUCAUUGUCUUAGACUGGCAAACUAGUGGAUUUAUCGGAACAGCAACUCCUGGACUGUACUUGGGAAACACCGGGAGUUAAACAUGGAAAUAAUGGAUGCCUUGGAGGAUGGACAUGGAAAGCUUUUGCUUGGAUUCACAAGUUUGGAAUUGCAACCGCUAAAAGUUACGGACACUACAGGGGACAGGUUAGCUUGGUCUGUUACCCCACAGGGGUAGUGGCAGUAGACCUUCAGUCUCUUGUUAUGGUCACUACAGGGGACAGGCUAGCUUACUCUGUUACUCCUCAGGGGUAGUGCAUGACAGUAGACCUUCAGUCUAUUGUCAUGGUCACUACAGGGGACAGGUUAGCUUGGUCUAUUACCCCUCAGGGGUAGUGGCAGUAGACCUUUAGUCUCUUGUUAUGGUCACUACAGGGGACAGGUUAGCUUGGUCUGUUACCCCCCAGGGGUAGUGUCAGUAGACGUUUAGUUUCUUGUUACAGGCACUACAGGAGACAGGUCAGCUUGCUUUGUUAAUCCUCAGGGGUAGUGGCUGUAGACCUUUAGUCUUCUUGUUACGGACUCUACAGGGGACAGAUUAGCUUACCCUGCAUGUUACAUCUCAGGGUAGCGGCAGUCAGACCUUAAGUCUCUUGCAGACAAAGAACAACAGAUCCCCGUUUGACUAGGUAAAGGAGGGGUGUGAUAUAAAAAACACAAUACUGAAAAGGCUUUAAACCACUUCUGAGGCUGAUAUUUGUGUGCUCCUUGUUUGUCUUAUAGGAAGGUUAUUGCAAGACUAAAGGACUGAAAACCGGAGCAAAAAUCACCAGUUACAGAAGAGUAAAGCGUUACAACAGAGACGCGUUGAGGAAAGCUGUAGCUUACCAUGGCCCAGCAACAAUAUCAAUCAACGCCAAUCCUAAAACAUUAAAAUUCUACAGCCAUGGCAUCUUAGAUGAUAUAACUUGCAGUGAGUGACAUUUUUUGUGGAUACAUGUCUCUAUAAUCUCCUUUCCCACAUAACGUAAACUUCCGAUUAUUAGCCCUGGGCUUAAACAACUUCGUAAGGGCUUAUAAACGGGGGCGGGCGUAUAUUCUGAGGACUUAUAAUUGGAAUAAAAAAGUGUUUCAAAACAAGCUACUACAUAGCAGUACUGAUCAAAAUACUUUUUGAAUUUGACCGCUUUUUUAAGCUUCAAGCGUCGUAAAAAGUCGAUAUCAUUUCAAUAUACAAGCUCAGGGGAGCUUAUAUUUGUGGGGGAGGUUAUAGCCGGAUGUAUUUUUUGUUUACUGGAACAUGGGUCUAUAAAUGUGAGCGGCUUGUAAUCGGUGGGUCAAGGCGGGUACGGAGACACUCAGUCGUCAGUAUUCAGCGCAGCCAAUGAUUUAGAGGGAAAAAGAAAAUCUCAACUCUUUUGCCCGUCAGAGGUAAUUCGUGAGUCCAAACUACUAAAAUUCAAUAGCAAAUGUAGAAAGAAUCCACUCUCCGAAUGGAUUCGUCAAAUCAAAUCAAAAUACGGAUUUAAAGGAUUGAUUCAUUGCCCGUGUGGUCUUCGUUGUGUAUGCCAUCCGACAAUUGUACUCCUGUCAGGCGGUUCCCUGGUGAGAACAUAAAAAAAUAACUCUAUAGACCUGAAAAAGCGGGUAAACAAGAUGCGUAUUCAUGACGUUAUUGGUGUUUAUGUAUCCUACACAAAUAAAUACGAUACUUAAUCAAUGAAGGGUCUAACUGAUCUGCCUAAUAUUACUAAGGCCAUCACCCCUCCGGCGCGGAUUCGGGUCAAUAUUGCUUUUAUAUUUCCGUUCGCAAUAACAAAUCAAGAAAAUCUUAAGUCAAAAAUCCAAUUCUAAAAAACUUACCCAUAGUCAGGAUUUAGCACAAGAUAACCUGGUUCUGUAUUUCCCUUUCAGAUAAUAACACCGACCACGCUGUCCUCCUUAUUGGAUAUGGAAAGGAAAAUGGAGUUCCUUAUUGGUUGAUAAAAAACUCUUGGUCCCGCAACUGGGGAGAUCAUGGAUUUAUAAAAAUCAGGCACGGACUUUGUGGGGUAGAAAAGAGACCAUUUGUUGUUCUUAACAAGGGUCGCAAAACGUUACCAUGGCAACAAGAAUUAAAGGAGAAACAAAAACAGAGAGAGUUGCGUAGGGCCAAAUUACCCGAACAAUUAAAACCAGAAUCAACAAACCCCGAGGAAACUUAUCGGAGUAAAAUAGUGAGAAAAGAUGCUAUAGAGGAUCCAGCUGAUUUCAGCGACAUUGAAGACGACUUUGACGAGUAUCUGGAUGACGAGGACAGAUGGUGAUGAAUAACUGAAAUACAAAUUGUGCAGCAGAGAUCAUUAUUUGGGAGAGCACGUUUGGGAGUACAUAAUUAAAGCCAACGAAAAUAUGAUAUCUAUCGACAAAGGAAGCUAGGAGCGAGUCUACUUCGUAAUAAGGUUUUUGUACGGCAAAUGGCUAACGGCACAGAUGACCACAUGACCAUUUUCCCGCGGUUUACUACGUUUGCUGCGUGCUGUUAUUCGUUGUUUUUUUCGACAUGAACUUUUACGAUUUAUCGUUGUCAGUCAUAAACAGGUCGUAUGACCAUUUCUUCUGUUUGUCGCUUGUCGAAAAACUGAUGCUUGUUACCUCUGAUACAGAAAAAAACAUGUUGUUUUUAUUAUUGUUCAGAUAAACAGGGCCGACCGUUUCACUUCGCUCCUCCGCAGAGGCUCAAAGGGGCAUGGCACGAGUGCGGGCGCGAAAGUUGUUUGGUAAGCGGAAGAACCUUGCGGUUUUCGCCCCUGCACUCACUUUGUGCAGCGGAAAUCCAAUAACGCUUCAUGGAACCUCUGCGAAAGAGAGAUGACCUUCUCGGAGAGUAGCUAGCUAGUGGCUUGUUGUAACCAGUAGCUAUAUAACACUGUCAAAAUACUUGAUGACAAUUUAGUUUUGAUAUAAAACUAACAGCUUAGUUGUGAAAAAUAAACAAGCUCCGUUCUUUCUUACAGUUUGCUCUCCUAAUAUAAUGUACGCAAACUACCCCUGCCAGAAGUCACAGUUGGGGAAUUAAGCUAUUUGAACCCAAGAUGGUUUACAAAAUGAGGCCCUGUCGUGCUUAAAUUCCGAUCAGCGACAGACCCUCAGACAGCAACAUAAGAAAGGUGAAAUGGCAACAAACGCCACCAAGAUGGGUAGAAACUGCGACAGCGACUCAAAAUAAGUAAUAUAUAGAUUUAGCCAAGGCUAAAAGCGAAGCUUCCCUAAUUAAUUACCUAAAACCAAAAAUUUUUCACUUAACUGAUUUUAAAACAAAACGGGAAAAUUAUAAAUCAAGUUGAUUCGCAGUAAUAGUCUGGGGAAAAAAAUUCUUUCCCAUAGGUCUGCAUCACUGCAUUGUCGCGAAGCUUUCCUCAACCCAAAUUAAACUAAAUAAACAAACCAGCUUUGAAUAACAGAAGAAUCUUCAUAGCAGCUGUAUUUCAUUUGUGGCGGCAGAGGAAGAUUUUUCCUAUAGUCCACCGUAAGAGCCUGCAUGAACAGUCACACACGCAGUCAUCGAUGAAUCCCUUUGUGACACUUCCUCGACGCAACACGACAAAAACGAUUCAGUUUUUUUUUUACAGUAGUUGUGUAUCAUUUUUUGGUAACAGUACCAAAACAAUAAUUUAAAACAUAACUCUGAAAUGAAAAAUAGGCUUCAGCUGUCAGCAACAAAUUUCUCGAUGCUACAUGAUGUUUUCAUGCACCAAUUCACCGGUAAAAAUUUUGACCGGGGGGGGGGAAGGUGGUGGAGACUAAGUUGUUCCUGAAGUAUGACCAAAAGCGUCACCAAGAAAUUUAAUUCCGAAAAUUUUGUCCUAAGUCGAACACAAGAGACUUCAAUCUAGAUGUUUACUCAAGCCACUCCAUUGGUUGCCCCUAAAAUGGUUAAUUUUGCGCCAAACGACAAUGUUUGGACUCCCUUUCCUACCCUACUGGGUCUUUUUAACCCCUAUCCCCAGAGAGUUGACGGGCGGACGGGUGUACGCUGAAGUUAUAACCAAGUGUCAUUCGUCUCGUCGGUUCAGUUUUGUGUCGUUGUUGCUUUCUGUGACGAAAUCUACGGUCGCUACUGCAUCCAAAAAAGUAACAAUGAUCACCUCCACCCACAACUUACCAUUAUCGUCUUUAAGAUAAUGUUCUUCAUUUUCUGUUGUCUACGAUCAACAAACUCGACCGCGAUUUCUUAUAUUGGCAGAUGUGUUUGCCCCCUGAGAAACCACGUGACAUCUCGCGCCUUAAUCCCAUCAGUCCUUAAGCGCCUGCAAAAGUAACAGUAACCGUGAAUAAGGUCUACUAGGCUUAGGCCAAACGUCAAACUUUUCACGAGACGAACCAAACUUUAGUGGGUUAAGUUCAUGAAACGUUCGGCGUCUGGGCUCAGUUAAGUUCGUCUGAAUGAGUUUGGAUUAGCGCUUUUCGCAAGUUGCUCGGCAACUAUUUGGCAACUUCUCGUAUUUCGAGCAACUUUUUGCAUGCUGAGCAAUUUCUCUAGUUUUCUAGCAAUUCUGAGAUAUUGGAACAGCCUUGAAUGUAGACAAUUUAUGAAUUUCCUGUGAAAAAGGAGCCAGAUCCUUCUCCCUGGGGCAGAUUAUGAGCGCAAAAUACAUGUAGCCGGGCUGCUAGGUCAGCGGUUUUUAAAAGAAAAUUGAAAAUGGCGGACGAAGCCAGUCUCAGGUCAAAUAAACGAAGAGGGUAACAAAAAGUUUUUUUUUUUUGAGCAGCUUUUAAGCAACUUUUUUCACAAACAGCAACUUUCGAUUUUUUUGAGAAACUUUAUGAGAAAUUACGGGAAACUUUUUGAGAAAUCUCUAGCAACUUGUGGAAAGCCCUAGUUUGGAUCGUCCAACACGUUCUAUCCUUCUGCUUCAGACGGAUAGAACGUCUGGGACAAACGUCGAUCUUCACAUGCGACUAACUAAACUAAUGAAUUACACAUUUGUAUGACAAUGUAUAUUUACCCUCGUUCGGGAGAAAAUUUAUUAAAAUUGCUUUUUGGUCUGAUCAUAGUUAAUUGAGUGGCAUGGUUAUGAAACCCGUCAGACUCCUUUGUUAUAUGUUUUUGUGAACCUGAAAGUGCACAACGUUCAAAAGAAUUCCUAUCAUUUUGAUUGUAUUGACCAAUAAAAACGUUGCAUUAAUUUAUUCCGUAACAAUUUGCCAACAGAAAACAAAGGAUUGUGCACUUCCACGUUGCUUUGAACAUAAACAGCAGCACUGUUGUUUUUAUCAUUGAUGUUUGCCGCUUUUCAUAACCAGUCUCCUCUAAUAACUAUGGUCUGAUUCAGUUGAUUGGCUCGACGCGUCCUAAGUUCGACGUCUGACCCAAAAGACGAUCUUAACUUGACUCAAAUAAGAAGAGUUUGUUUCGUCUCGUGAAGUUCGACGUUUGGGUGUCAACUUGAGUCGUCCCCAUUCUCCUUUCGGCUCUCCCAGUGAUUCCCUGUCAACUUCACGUUCUGUUUGGUUCAUUUGUUCUUCUGCGUCUUCUGGUCUGUAUCAAUGAGCUAAAUAAGAGAACAGCAUAUUGUUCCCGUUUGAGCUCCGGCACUUAACUUCAUAAAUUCAUCGCUCCUCUACCCUUGAGUUUCCAGCGUGCAACCUCCUAAAAUAAUAGGUUUGAGCUCGAGAAAUUAAAAAUACAAGACUUCACAUUCUGAUUCACAGCCCAUAUAACACAUCAGUGUAUUUGCAUCUCUUGCUCUUCUGCUAUUUGGGGACCAUUUUUCAAACCAAGAGAGUUACGAUUUUCAGGUUCGGCAUAAAGCUAUAACGAGGUGAGCCUCUCGUUUUGCCUUGCGAGAGUUAAACCGCCCCAUAAAACUAGACGAUCGCCUGUUAUCCUUUGUCCUUUGAACGAAAAAAAAUCUUAGUUAGAAGUUUCCUUUAAAUUCCGGUGAGUCCAAAACUUCAAUGUCAAACCCGCAGGUUGUAAUCAACCGAGCUGAUCAUAUGUUAUGAACCAAAUGCCGGACAAAAGGCUCCCUGUGUUUCUGAUUUUCUCCCCGAUCUGCAACUGGUACCUGUUCUUAGGAGUUAAAUUCCAGCUGCAGGUUCCUUACAAAUCCUGCCCUAUAUUUCCCACCAAACGAAUAAUCGGCCUUGAUAAAAAUACAUGGACACUUGUCUAUGAUAUUAUGGCAAUUAAGGAACACAUAAAUGGAUUUUUCAAGCCGGAAGUGGUAACAAUUAGAAAAUCUUACUUCAAGUAAGAAUUUAUCGUCAAACUUCAAUGAAUUGACAAGUGUGAUACAGGUCAUUAUGCUUAACGGAACUUUGACGCCUCGUAGGUGGUGUCGAUCAAAAACAUUUUUAUGGCGGAUCCUCUAUGCCGUAUUCGUCUGCAUAGUACACCUUCGUACUUGUAACGGACAAAAUUAUUUCUUUGAAGAAAUCAAAGAGGUGAAUAAUAACUUUGACGUGGAACCAAAAACGACAAGCGGCCUGGAUUACAGAGGCCACGACGAGCCACACAUAACUUUCGAGAACGCAACUCUUCAACAGGAAGAUGAGAAUCAUGAAUCUGUCAUGGAAAAGAUCAAAUUUCCUGAGUUUUAUCACGCGCAAGGGAUCAUAUCAUUACCUUACGAUGGUAUCAUUGAACCGUUUGAAGCAUGGUAUGCUGGAAAACAUAGAAUGAGUCGAAUUGACUACUAUUACGGUAAUCUACAGUGUGUUCUUACAAUGUUUGUGUCAUUGCUGCCGGUACUGCAUUGUCUACCUGCUUCCUUGUUUACUUAUGUUGUUUCACGGCUUAUAGCAGAAAAUCCCAAAAAAGCUACUGGGAAAAAUCUCAUUGUUUUAUAAUGCAAGGUCAACGCAGUUCUAUAUAAAGAGGAAAAGAAUUGAAAGGGGGAGAAGUUUCGAAGUACAAGAGUUUAUGAAUGGUUAGAAUAAUUAAAAAUGAAAAGGAAGGGUAGGUAGUACAGAUAAUAACAGGUCGAAAUCUCAAAACCUCAGGCCGUAAACAAAACGUGGGGAUGGUGGGGUAUGUUUCAGCCUUUUAAUUAAAGCCUUGAUUCGUAGACAGUUUAUGACACUCUCUCUAUCUAAGAAUCAUUCGCACCCCAUUUCAGCCUUCCAUAUAAUGACUCGCCCUAACAUGGCGUGUAGUAAGAGAAACUCGGAUUGAGCCACUCAAAUUUAGGCGAAAAAUAUAUUUUUCAAAUCGGCACUGUUAACCGCUACGGAAUUAACGAACGUUUUUCGUUCAACUAAUUUAAUCUUGUUGUCAUAUUACUCCUUGUUCCUGACAACAUUCGAUAUACGGACAAUCUGUUCAUUUGCGCGCACUGACGAACGCCCAGCGAUCAACACAUCACUGAGUUUUUGCUAUCUUUACACGGUGGCAAAUUGACUUCAUCAACUUAGUUGAUUAAACUAAAAUUAAGGUCUUAUAAUAUAGGGUCCUAGUCUGAUCCUCUAUCGGUUGAUAAUACUCCCUCCAUCUUAAAAUCAGACUGUUAAAGCAUGCUUAACGCUAAAUCUGCAGUUUGGCAAUUUCGCGUUGCCACCGUUAUCAUCGUCUGACCAAUAUAAAUAGUUGCUGCUAAACAGGUUUUGAAAAUUUUUCCAAUCCCAGCUUGAUCACUAUAGAGACUGCAUUUUGUAGACCGGGUUGCAUAUGGUAGAUCGCAAUUUCCUAUGAUCGUAGUCUCCUACGCCACGCCACGCCACGUCACGCUACACCCCACAAACAUCCGGCCGUUUGUGAGGAGGGGCGUUGAGUGAUGGCACAAGGAGACUACUUACUCUCUAUUGCUGUUCGUGCCGACUCUGAAAAUUAGGUACGAACUUGGCCCAAAAUUGUGCGUUGUAGCUGCUUUAGACAAAGCUUUGUUAAAAUGUUGGAGUUUCGUUCUGUAGGUAUGGACAAGACCAUUCAAAGAGGCGACCUGAAACCAUACGGGGCUCUUAUAAAGUUUGUGCCUGCUCAUUGGGGUAAAGGAAAGGACUUGGACAGAAACACACGGAGCUGUUGGUAUAGGCCUGGAUUCCGAUGGUCCCCAGAAAAGGCGCAGAGUAUUGUGCCGCAAAACUUAAAAGGAUUCAAGGUACACUUUUUGACCUCAAACGCGUAGUAACGGUGCUGAUAGGUAAUUCAGCAAGUGUUGCCUCCCGAGACAUGUGGUGAAGGACAGUUACUCUCUUUUGACCGCGUUACACUAGGCAACGCUCGCUGAAACGUUUAUACCAGCGCAUUAUAUUGCAAAAGACGAAUUUCAACACUCUCAAAUCCAUCACUCUAAAUGUUCGGCAUAUUUUUUUGUCUAGUAUCUUGGUGAAGAGUAUCACAGUGGAAUGCCUGUUCACAAGUUACAGCGGACAGCGACUGUGUUCAAGAAGAAGAACACUUACACACUUUACUUGACGAGGGAGAAGCCUUACAGACCUGUACGUUACAUCAUGCACGGAUAUGAUACCCUGUUACACUCGUUUUACGAUCAUUACAUCGUGGAUUACUUGUCAUUCCGUGAAUGGGAGUUUGAUUUUGAUGUUAUGAAAAUACCAAAAGGUACGAAAGAAGUAAAACUGCUAAGAAUCAUUGUUCUUAUUCGAAGGGGACAGAAUGCAACUUUUUGUUGAUGGAAUAUCUGUAACUGUAUGACGUGACUGUUCAUCAGUAGCUAUAGAAUGCCUAAAGUUCAUGUAUUGAUCACUAAACAUCAUGUGAAAAUGUCAGGAAAAGUGAUCCUUUUCGCAAAAGCCCCACCUAUUCAAACGCCUUUUUUGGCAAUCAUAAGCCUAUCUAUAUCUGGCAUAUGCCAGUGUAGAGUGAUCUCUUUAAUAAGUCAAUCCCGUUUGGAUCAGUACCAUGCUAAAGAGAGGUGUCCGCCAUAUAGAGGUGCUCCAUUAGGAGAGAGUUGAUGGUAGUCAAGAUUGCUCUCACUCUACCAAGACAGUACUUUGAAUUCUCAUCAUUCUAGACGUGAAGCUAUCUUAGUCAUUAGAAAUACUUUAGAGAGGUAUUCUUUUGGGUUUUGGAAAUAAUUCCUUAAUGUCAUUUUGCUGUGUGAUUGGUUACAAUUUUGUGAAACCAUUUUAUUUACCGGGCGGCUUCAAAAACAGAUUGGACAAACGUUUCUGGCAAAUCUCAAUUUUAAACUACUUUAAAAACGAAUAUGUACCAAAAAUGCUAUUGAUACCAAGUUCAAAUUUGCAACAAUUUUUCAUUGUCUGUUCAAGGAAAAUCUAGCUGCCUGAAAGAGCUUGAUAAGAUGAAGUCUAGGUACCACUUUAAUCCAAUGGGAGAGUUUAUGCAUGAAAACUUUGAGGAUGUUGAAGUGGAUGAAAUGUUCGACGAAUUCAAGAAGCGUCACAGUAAAUCUUAUCAAGAUCCAGCCGAGCACGAGCAGCGAAAACACAUAUUUCGUCAUAACAUGAGGUAAGGGGAAUCUGCACCUGUAAUUAUCAUGAUCCUUUGUAUGGAAAAUCCUUUGAUUGCAUGCCUUUUUUCACCGCAAAGAGAGGUUUAUAAAUUUGUCGGGCGUUGAUCGCUUAGCGAUUUGAAAUUUCGCGCUAUUAAACAUUGAUAUUCGCAAAACACUUAUUACUGGAAAAUCAUAGAAGAAUAUUUCCCUGCCGGCUUUACUGUGAAGACUUUUGUUGCCAGCUCAAAUAGGUUUGCCAUAGUGGGGCAGGUAUUUUGUUGGCUUUUCUUUUUGGCCAAGGGAUCAAGAAUGUCUUUGUAAAGAGCAAAGUGAUAGUCUUAUUCACAAUGGCCAUUGACAGAUCAAUGAAUGCGAAAAACGACUUUAAAACGCGACAACGUAAUGGGAAACGAUUUUCCAAAGUUAAAAGGAGAUAAUUUUUUAACCUUCCAGAUUUAUAAACUCGAAUAAUAGAGCAGCACUCAAUUUCACGCUGGAACCGAAUGAGCUCAGUGACGUAACCGACGACGAGUUUGAACUGUACAAAGGCUUACUAAUUGACCCCAGCGGAGGAGACGAGGCGCUCAAGAAACAAGAAAUACCUCAAGCUCGAUUCAAAAUACCUCGGACUGCUCUCCCCGAUUCCUUGGAUUGGCGCGAAUAUGGUGGGUUUCAAACCAGGAAUAAUUGUCAAGUGACUUAACAAUUAUUCCUUCUAGUGCCUACGUUGCCGGAUACAAUUUGGCAAAUAACCAACGAGGCGUGAGGCACCGCGGAGAGCUAUAACCAAUCGCUAUUGUGCAGGUUCUAUUCCGGCUGUCAGUCGGUCCGACUUCGCCCUUAUUUUCCACAUAAGUUCCCAAACUCAUGAAUUAUUCAUACAGCCAACAGCCAAUAAAUGACGGCCUCGUGUUGUCAUCUGUUUCUAGGUGUUUGGAAACCCUGAUGAAGCACUCGUCCUCGUUUUUUUUUUUUUAACACAUUACAUGAAACGUUGGUAUAAUGGCCUGUAACCGAGACCCUGGGAACCAAAUGAGAACUGAGCUAAAAUUGCAUUAUCCAAAGCUGCGAUUUUUGAAGUAACAUUAUUACGUCUCGUCUUUCAUUUUGCGCGGCUCCCUGUGCACUUUCUGAACGCCUGGAACAGGCCAACAUUGCUACGGUUUCAUCUUACUGGCAUAUUUUCUAUGAAUUCUUAGCAACGUUAAUGAGCUCUAUAUUAUAAAAACUGAUGAAAGUUCAGUGUUUCCGAGGUAGAGUGCACUGGUGCUACGCUGUCAAAUUACACGACUGUGCAUUCUUAUUUUAGGUGCCGUUACUCCAUCUAAAGCUCAAGGACUUUGUGGAUCUUGUUGGACAUUUUCUUCUACUGGACCAAUAGAGGGAGCUUACGCUAUUCAGGUCACUAAAGUAUACUUAGUUUAAACUUUAGCUAACUUUAAAACCUUAAUGAUAUUAUUAAUUAGGUAGACUCUACAUAUCCCUCCAUGAAUCGUGUAGGAACGCCGCAAUGCAUGGCAAGGAAGUUCCAGAAGGAAGCCAAAUUUCAAUCAGGGGCACCCAACGACAAUUUUCGGAAGAAUAUCUGUUCGGAAGACGAUUUGAGAUCUAGAAUUUUCGAAACAUUUGUUGCAAAAUUUCUUGCUUGCCUGCCUCUUCUAGGAUUUUCGAACAUGUAAAAAAUGGUAUAAUUGCCUAUUUUUAACGGAUUUUUACCCUAAAAAGGUCACCUAGAAUUUUCGGGAGCCUUUUUUCUGGCUGAAAUUUUCGAAAAAGUAAGUUUUGAUCCUAUUAUUUUCGAAUCACUAGACUUUCAGCUAGGAAAUCCGAACAGAUGAAAAAUUUUUAGGGGAUAAAAAUAUGCCUAUAUCUACCGUUUAAAUACUAAAAUACGUUUAACAGUGUCAUGUUUAAGUGGUUUUGAACUAUAUUCUCGUUGGGUGCCCCUGAUUUCAAUCUCGAUCUCAGACGUCCGCUAACCAAAACAAUAUUUUUUUCAAAGUAAAUAAUUUGCAGAAACACCGAACUGCACCUCCAUACACCCAGCCAUAGGACUGAUUUCAACUUUAUGUAAAUCAAUUAAUGUAUAUGUCUUGGUCUGCUCGGAAGGUACGCUUCUUUGACCAUCACACACUUCUCCCAAAAACCAUUAAUGCCUGUCCUCAGCACAAACUUUGUACUAAUUAACUUAAGCUGUAAUAUAAAUUAUGAAUAAUUAAUGAACUGAGAUGAGCUGAUCGGUACAGCCAUACUGAACCGCCAUUCCUUGCCUGUCGAUGAUCUCAAGGCAGCCAAGUCGCUGGUCUGAAACAAUACAAUUUCCGACGCAAAAGAUUUUCCCAGCAACAACAAAAUUGAUACAAAAGCUACAAUAGUAAGAGAUUAUUAUCGAGUUUGCGUGCGAUCAACCACUGGCUUACGUAUAUAGCUGAUCCAAUAAAGAACGCCUUUGGCAAUGGGGAUUGGGCAUUUGGGCAUACUAAAAUGACUGCAAUUGUUUGCUUCAGUGACCAACAAACAUAGCUUUCCAGUGCCCUAUUCCCAAUGUCCAAAGAGACCUUUUUGGAAUCAGCUAUUCAACACCAUAGUUCCUCUUUAGACAGGGAAACUGAUAGACAUUUCUGAGCAACAGCUGAUGGACUGUAGCUGGGGAUUUGGUAACAGUGGCUGUCGAGGCGGCUUCUCUUGGAGGGCACUGGUGUGGGCUAAGAAACAUGGAGUGGCGUCCAGUAAAAGUUAUGGAAGAUAUCUUGCUCAGGUGUGAUAAUAGAACAUCAUGAUAACAACGUAACGUUGACGUUUUUGAAGUUAUCCAACACCAUUUAACAAGGUGUUCGAUGGGGUAAUUCAAUUGAACAUGAUGCAUCAACGCGAACUAACAAUGUUGGAACAUCUGUUAGAACAUCUGUUCAGUUUGAACGGGAUGUUUAGUUUAUUUAGACAAACGAUACGGGAUAUGCCACAUGCAAAAUGCAAUCCCAUCCCAGAAACUCUAUGUUCCCCUAGGCUAAGCAGCUUUUCGGCCAAGGCUGCGAAAAUAAUUAUUUGCUUGACUCUACUGGUACAUGGCUUUCCCGGGUUUCAAGGUACAAAACCUGAUUUGUUACGAGUCUGUCCCCCUAGGGCCAUGGUUUUGACACGAGGCACGUGACACGUUCUCAUCAAAUAGCAUCGUGCCACUGUUAGUCGAUAAAUUUAAAAAAACGUUUCAAACCGAACGUUUUAUCGCGAAAAGAAACAACAAAAUCCAUUUCCAUGAUAAAAAAUGGAAGCCGUUACCCCCAUUAAUACAACAGUAGCUGUUAUCCAAACUUCGUUUUUCUAAUACUCCCUGUAUUACUCUGUAUUUUAAGUUCAAGUCGAAUAAGUUAUGUAAGCCUUGUAGUGUAGUGCAGUGUAGCUUUUUAUUUAUUUAUUCUAUUUUCUUUUUUUUUUGUAAUUAAGGUAGUUGUUGUAAAUUUUGUAAUGUUUGUAUGUUUCGAUCUGUAUGUUGUUUGUACUAUACCUGUAAAAAGAAAAUAAAUAAAUAAAAUACAAAAAAAAAAAAAAAAAAAAAAAAAAAAAAAAAAAUCGUGCCAUUGAAUCAAAAUACAGGAAAAUAUAUAGAGGGCUGACAGGGCACUCUGGAGUUCAAUUUUAAAUAUAGAUUCAUGACAGAGUAUCACAUUUGCAAUAUACAUGAUUUAUCACAUGCAGGAGGGAUACUGCCAUUGUGGUCAAGAAGACGGCUGUGACGUCGUAAAAUUCAAUCGUUUGGUGACCGUGAAGAAAAAUGAUGAACAGGCAUUGAAGCAGGGCCUGGCAAAAUUUGGUCCAGCAUCCAUUUCCAUCAAUGUUGGUAGGAAGUCUUUGAAGUUUUACAGCUCUGGCGUUUACGAUGACACAGAAUGUAGUAAGUACAUGUAAGAAUUGUAAAUCACGUGCAUCACACUUUUUUGGCACAUUUCUUUGCCGUCAUUGUACGAUUAAAGCGUCAAAAUGCCUCAUUUCACGUUUUGCAAAGAACGAGAACACAAGACAAGGACUUUCUUUUCUCUUUACCUGAUCUCCGAUACAUCUUCUUCCAGAAAAAAUGCCUACAUUUGACGAAUUGAAUGAGAUGGAAUAAGCGCGCUUAAGUUUGAAGUAGUGUUAAUUCAUUUUUAAGUAACGUUUUCGUAGCCGUCGCCGUCCGAUAGCAGGGACCUUACGAAACUACGACGGCAACGGCAACGGCAACCACAAAAAAAGCAACAGGUUUAAUGAGCAAAACAACAACUUUGCACGCGCAUCACAAUUUUUGGUCCAUUUCUUUGCUAUCCCUGCACAACUACGACGUGAAAUGGCCAAAUUUUAAGUUUACCUAAGAACGGUAGCGGCAAGACGAUAAAUUCUACCAUCUCUGUCUGAACUUGGGCGCGGGUCCGAUCCCCUCUCUUCACUUCCAACCUAAAUUCCCUUUUUUAAGUAACAGGGCGACUUGGGAUAAUCGCGAAAUUGUUUCAAAGGAUGCAAAGUCUAUUUCUCGGCGACGUUUUCAUGGAUGUCGCCGUUGUCGGAUCGUAAGGUCCCUAGUUAUGGCAUGGCUAAGUAUAACCUCAAGUUCUAUGUGUUAAUUAUGUUGAACUCAAGUUGAAGUUAAACAGAAACAUGCUUCAUCAAAAGAGCUGGAGUUUUUUUUAUGUCCACCUCUGGCGCCUCUCUUCUCUCCUGUUUUCAAUACAAUUCUGAUUUGUUCGGAGCCUCUUUAUUAAAACGAAGACCUGGAGCACAACCGUUCAUUUAAAAAUAAAUUCAAUUUGUGGUGAAUGAGAACGACCACAAGCGCUCACUUUGAAAAAGAAGCUUAAGUUAACUGACUCGGUACAACGCUUGUGCAAAGCAACAGUAAGUGAGUUUUGUUUCUCUCCUGCAGGCCCACAAACAAAUCAUGGAGUUGUUGUGGUUGGAUUUGGCGAAGAAAAUGGCACUCCGUAUUGGAUAGUAAAGAACUCUUGGGGAAAAUUCUGGGGCGAAGAAGGUUUUGUGAAAAUUGCAAGAAAGGACAACUUGUGCGGAGUACUAUCGAAUGAACCUAUUUUUGUUUCUUUGAACGCUACGGAAAUUGAUGACGCGAGUGAGGAUUAUCCUUUCAGGAGAAUGACGAAACAGAGCUUCGUUGAUGUUGAAAGAAGACUUAAUGUAACAAACCUUAAGCUUUCGCCAUUUGACUACAAGAGGUCAAAAAUUCGAUUUGAUGAGCUCAACAAAAGAACACCUAUAAGCCCGCGUUAG